GUCCAACUGCUAUGUGAUUUGUUCUCCCAAAGCGGGAAGAUAAAGCAGAUAGCCGAUUGAGCUCUCCUGCUCGCUCCGUGAUUUCUUCCUCUCUCUCUCUCUCUCUAUAUAUAUAUAUCAGUGCAAUCGCAAACAAUGCCGGUGCUCGCAACAGCUACGAUGACGGCGAGCUGCGGAAGUGCGGUGGCUUGUUUCAGGGUUUCGGGGGAUGGAUUCCCUCCUUUUCUUCCUAAAACAGUGGAGAGGAUAAAAGAUCCAUCGGCGAGGGAGCUCGCUAAGAGAAUCCAGAGGCUUCCGGUGAAGUUUUUGGGAAGCUCAAUCAUGAGUAGCUGUGUGAAGCCAACACAACAAAAUGCAACUGAACCAGUUGUUCUUCUCCAUGGUUUCGACAGUUCAUGUUUAGAAUGGAGAUAUGUGUAUCCAUAUCUCGAGCAUGGUGGACUUGAGACAUGGGCUGUGGACAUUCUUGGAUGGGGUUUUUCUGAUUUGAAAAUGCUUCCAUCAACUUCUGUGGCUGCAAAACGUGAACACCUAUACGAGCUUUGGAGAACACAUAUUGGGCGACCGAUGGUUUUAGUAGGACCAAGUCUUGGAGCUUCUGUUGCCAUUGACUUUUCGGUGAUUCAUCCUGAGGCAGUGACAAGGUUGGUCUUGAUUGAUGCAAGUGUAUAUGCAGACGGCACAGGAAAUCUUAGUAAAUUAUCCCGCAUUGUAGCGUAUGCUGGGGUGUCCUUAUUAAAGAGUGUUCCAUUGAGGCUUUAUGCCAACAUAUUAGCGUUCAACAAUGUUUCACUUAGCCGUUCACUCGACUGGACAAAUAUAGGUCGUCUACAUUGCUUGCUCCCUUGGUGGGAAGAUGCGACUAUUGAUUUUAUGUUCAGCGGAGGUUAUAACGUCAGACAGCAAAUAAAGCAGGUAAAACAAAAGACGCUAAUUUUAUGGGGUGAAAAUGAUCGUAUCACCAACACAGAACUAGGACUGAGGUUGCAUGCUGAACUGCCGAAUUCAGAUUUUCAUCAAAUACCAGAUUGUGGCCAUCUUCCUCAUGUGGAAAAGCCGGACAUUGUGGCUGAAUUCAUUUUAAAGUUUGUGGGAGUUGAAAAACCGGCAAGUUCUGCUGUCGAAGAAAUCGUCCCUCGCUCGUGAAUAGAUUUAUGCAGGACCAGAUACUUGGCAAUGGUUACCGUUGAAUUUGUACACUGGAGAUGCAGUGCAGAUUGGUAUUUUAGGACCAGAUUUUAGACUGCAGACGUAAAUGAAAGUUGAGCCUCAUUUAUUGGUAUUUUCUGAAGUCUGCUCACCUAGAAAGGUAUUUAUGUAAUUUUAAUUAUAAUUUUGCUUUAUAUGUUGUUCAUUCUCACCUGAUCAUGUAUAGUGAUGUUUCUCUCCCACAGUUGUUUGGAUUUGAUUCAAUUUCAUGUCUAAUUUUAUUGUUUAGCAUGUAGGAAAAUGUUAAAAUGGGAAUAUUUUAUGUAUUGUAUGAGGGUGUGUUGUGUUAUUGUGUUCCCAUUUCUAUGAAACAUCAUCCUUAUUUGUUAUGCUUGCUCCCGUCCCCCCCGCUUAAUUUUGGAAGAAAAUAUUACGGGGAGUCAUCCUAACAUGCGUAUUAA